CACUGCAGUGUACCGUGUAAAAUUGUUACGAUAAGAUUUCUAUUUUCUUUGUUUAGCGCCUAAAUUUAGUUUAGGAAAUAAUUUUUUCUCCCUUCCAAGUUCUAUACUUGUUUGCAUCCUGUAUAAAUCACUCAUUCCUUUCAUCUAUUCAACUAUUCCUCUCUUUCCUUCAAAAAAUACUGCGGACAGGACACAAUAGUAUAGCGUAACAAUCAAAUCAAGAAGAGCCCUAAUUUCAGAUGGAAGUCCAGAAAGAUCAACCAGGGUAUAUCAUUGAAAUUAGCAGAGACUUGACAUCCGAAGGUUCCAGCCAUGGGACUAGCAAGAUGUGUAGUGGAGCACCAUGCGGAUUUUCUGAUGCAGGGACUCUUUCUAAGGAUGCCAAAGAACGUGCAGCAUCUAUGAGGAAGCUUUGGAUUUCUAUUGCUAUGUGUGUUGUUUUCAUGAGUGUAGAAAUUGUGGGUGGUAUUAAAGCUAAUAGUCUGGCAAUCCUAACCGAUGCUGCUCAUCUUCUAUCAGACGUUGCAGCUUUUGGCAUUUCUUUGUUCUCUUUGUGGGCAUCAGGUUGGGAGGCAAAUCCGCGACAAUCUUAUGGUUUCUUCAGGAUUGAGAUCCUCGGGACUCUUGUUUCAAUCCAGAUGAUUUGGCUCUUAGCCGGAAUAUUAGUUUACGAAGCCAUUGCUAGAAUCAUCAAUGAUACAGGUGAAGUUCAAGGUUUUUUGAUGUUUCUAGUUUCCGGUUUUGGUUUAGUGGUUAAUCUUGUUAUGGCUGUUCUGUUGGGUCAUGAUCAUGGGCAUGGUGGUCAUGGUCAUGAUCACGGUACACAUGGACAUGAUCAUGCUCAUAGCCAUGAAGCUCAUGGACACAGCCACAAUCAUGACCAUGAGCAUAAUGAUACUCACGAAUCUGACCAUUUAGAGCCACUGCUGAAAGCUUCUGAAGAUGGUCAUACAAAAAUAGUUGUGGCUAAAGAGAAGAAGGGACGUAAUAUUAACAUACAAGGAGCUUAUCUUCACGUUCUUGGUGAUUCAAUCCAAAGUUUAGGGGUUAUGAUUGGGGGGGCUAUUAUCUGGUACAAACCGGAAUGGAAGAUAAUUGAUUUGAUUUGCACUCUCGUCUUCUCUGUAAUUGUGCUCGGAACAACUAUUAGAAUGUUGAGAAACAUAUUGGAGGUUCUUAUGGAAAGUACACCAAGGGAGAUCGAUGCAUCAAUGCUGGAGAAAGAUUUGUGCGAGAUGGAUGAAGUUAUUGCCAUUCAUGAGCUUCACAUUUGGGCUAUCACCGUAGGGAAGGUAUUGUUGGCUUGUCAUGUUAAGGUAAACCCUGAUGCUGACACAGAUUUAGUAUUAGACAAAGUGAUUGAUCAUAUUAAAAGGGUUUACAACAUAAGCCAUGUAACUGUACAAGUAGAACGGUAGAAGGAUUUGGGGUAUUACUGUAGGGAAAAUAUUGCUGGCCUUUUGCUUUGGUGUCUGACCCUGUUAUCUGAUUAUCUUCAUUCGAUUCAUUCAAAAUUUAGUUGUUUGGUUUCCAUCUUCUGGACUGGCUCUAGAUAAAUUCAAGGUGUAUUUUCCUUGGACAUGCACAUGUUUAGGACUUUAGGCUUGGACUUAAUACUUGAUUUAUAUGGUGCUUGUACAUUCUAAA